CCGGCCUUUAAUCUGUGCUAGAUUCGACCCGUUCACUAUUUGUUUUUGUUCCAAGCCCAAAACGGUGCCCUACACACCUACACAGACCAAUUGAGAAGCAACGUUUUACUGCGGAUGACUGAAGAACGAAAUCCCCAAUUUUUCGUUUUAUCUCUGCAAAGUUGUGAAUUUUAACUGUUAAUUAUCUGAAGCGAUUUAAAAAUCAGCAGCAGUAGAAGAAGCUUAGAAAAGAUGGCGGAUGGCGUGUACACUUUUUUUGCUAUUUUGGCCACAUUCAUUGGAGGAAGCGGUGUGAUUCUCAAUUUUCUCGUGUGUUUGACAUAUUUCGCAACUCCAAAGCUUUUAAAUGCUUCUAACAUCUUUUUGCUCAACAUGGCGGUUGGAGACUUCAUUUACUCACUCGUGGCCCUUCCUCUCCUGGUUGCCUCCAACGUUCGAGGCAAAUGGGCAUUUGGAGAAGCAGGUUGUACCGCUUACGCCUUCAUCACUUUUUUUUGUGCACUUGGCAGCAUGAUGCUACUAGCAGUUGCUGCUUACGAGCGUUACUUCACACUAUGCAGGUUGUACAGUGACGGUCAAAUUCAGUUCAGUAAGAAAAAAGCAAUCAUUCUGUGCGUAUUGAUGUGGUGCUAUGCUCUGCUCUGGAGCCUGAUGCCUGUGCUUGGUUGGUCCAGAUACAUCCUAGAGGGUAUUGGUACCAGCUGCUCAGUAGACUGGACUUCAAGAAAGCCAAGUGAUGUGUGGUACACCAUCCUUUUGAUCCUAGGGUGCUUUGUGCUUCCGGUUGCCAUCAUUGUCUACAGUUACAUCAAGACUUUUAGAGCUUUGAGAAAGUUAAGCCAACAAGCGUUGCAGAAUUGGGGAGAAAAUAACCGUGUCACCCAACAAACCCUCAAAGCAGAACGUAAAAUGAUGUGGGUAAUAGUCGCCAUAACAGCUGGAUACCUCUUUGCCUGGACGCCGUAUGCUCUGGCUUCAGUGGUGGCCAUUGUAAACCCAAAUCGUAUCAGCCCCAUUGGGGCCACGAUUCCAGCCUACAUGGCCAAAUCUUCAGCUUGCUACAAUCCAACCAUUUACGUUUUCAUGUAUAGGAAGAUGCGAAGCAGAUUGUAUGAAAUUCUUUGCUGUAAGAAGUCUCAAGUUCACCCAGACGCGCCAAGUGCUUCUGAAAUUGCAAGCGUUCGCCAAAGUGCACCGGCUACACUUGCGGGAGGACGACGAACUUCAUCUGGUGAUAAAUUUGUAGAUUCAUCCAACACAGCUUGAAUCACUGGCGGAUCAUGAGAGGGUAAGGGGUGGGGGUGGGAUUUGGGAAAGGCGUCAUUUCUACUUAUAGACUCUAGCUUUUGUCACUUAGGGAUCAUUGUUUACCGCCUGGGAGAAAGAGAAACGGGGGGGGAGCGCGGAAAAAACAGAGGAUAAAAUUCACUGAUCCCCUCAUAAGUCCGUGUUAUUGUUAUGAUCCCCCCUCAUAAGCAGUUAAUUGACAGUUCUUUUAAAAUAUUCCCCAUUUUAUGCUCUGUUAGCAAUGAGUUUUCUCCCUCUGUACCCCCCUAAAACAUGUGCUAGAUAUGUGAUUCCCCCACAAACCCCACCCAAGGUGAUAAAUAAGGACUGUUCCCCAAAUGAGAUCAAGGAAUGUCAGGAAAAAGAGUUCAAUCUCAUUUCGGGAUCUUUUAUCGUAAACUUCAACUGACACAACGUCACGCCCAUGAGGCGUUUUCUAGAUUUCCGGAGUUCUGAUAGAACUCAACUGAAAAUUUCGAGUGUAACCUGACUCUUCCAUGUCGGUUGGUCUCAAGAAACUUAAGGGAGAUAAGGACAACUCAUAGACGCACGCAACAAAGUCAACGACGAGAGGAAGGUGCGGUACUCAGUAAAAAUGCCAGCAGGGGAGUCACAAGAAUGGUACAGAGCCUUAUGAGGGAUCAGGUAAUUUUACCAUAACACGACCAAAAUCCUCCGGACGGACCCUCCCUGGGCGAGAAAUAUUGAGCAGUCCCUUAGGAAAUGUAACAUAUUUAUAAUCAUAAAAAAGAUCCUAACUUAAACAAAAACAACAACAACAACAAAAAAAAUACCAAGACAAAUUUUCCUUUCACAUUAACCAACUUAUUAGUAAACUGAUGUGUUGUGAGCGUUUACUAAAGGAGCAGAAGAAUACUGCUCAGAAAAAUAAAACGGGUAAAGUGGGAUGAAAAUUAUCGAACUUACUUCAAUUUCAAUUACUUUAAUGUUAUUGCCUUAAAAAAGAUCCCUUGUAAAAUCAUUUUGCCUCUUCUGGUACUCUUCUGAUACUCUAAGAUAUCAAGUUUAUCAAAAAAUAUAAUUAGAGGAGCAUGUUUUUUUUUCUGUGCAAGGAAAUUGUAUGUUUUUUGAAUAAAGUUCUUUAAAUAUC